GGGGAGGAGGGCGAGGGCAUCUUUUGGCGCAUCCGUUAUUCUUGAUUUGUGUUAUUUAAAGUAAUUGUUUCAUUGAGAUGACAUCAGAUUAAAAAAGUGGAUUGCCAGCGUCCACAAAAUAGUAAUCGUAGUAGAACAAAACCGAAGCGGAUCACGUCAGGCUGGUGGCCGGAGGAAGAUCAAGAAACUAGGUCAGGUGUUGUCAUAGGCCAGGAUGGAGUAGCACGUUUAAUAAGGGGGUCCCUGCUGUGAUCAGCGUAAUUAAAAGAAAACAUGAUUUUAGGAUUUAGUGAAAUAUUUCUUCCUGUCUGAGCUAGCCAAACGAUCGUUUGACGCUUCCACCCUUCUUCCUUUUUCCACCUGUCUUUUUGUUUUAUAUUUAGUAUAUUUAAGAAGAGCUUUUCUUCCAUUUCUUUUUAUAAUUUUGUGUAAAUGGCUCUUUGCGGAACUACGGCAACCAAUGCCGCAAAGAUGAUGGCUGCAUACAACGGCAGCGCCUCGGCAGUGGCUGCACAUCACUCGCACCACCAUCACCACCACCUUCCUCACCUCCCCCCUCCCCAUCUGCACCACCAGCAUCAUCACCCCGGACAGCACCUUCUGCACCCCGGCUCGGCCGCCGCCGUGCAUCCGGUGCAACAGCACGCUUCCACGGCAGCAGCGGCGGCCGCGGCGGCGGCGGCGGCAGCGGUUAUGUUGAACCCAGGCCAGCAGCAACCCUACUUCCCGUCGCCGGCUCCAGGGCAGGCACCGGGUCCGGCUGCGGCUGCGGCCCCGGCUCAAGUACAGGCAGCAGCGGUCAAAGCGAUUCACCACCACUCGCACUCCCAUCACCUGCAGCAGCAGCAACUGGACAUCGAGCCGGACAGACCGAUCGGCUACGGGGCUUUCGGCGUGGUCUGGUCAGUGACAGAUCCUAGAGAUGGGAAAAGAGUUGCCCUUAAAAAGAUGCCCAAUGUCUUCCAGAAUCUGGUAUCAUGCAAGAGGGUCUUCCGGGAGCUUAAGAUGCUUUGUUUUUUUAAGCACGAUAAUGUCCUCUCCGCACUUGACAUACUACAGCCCCCACACAUCGAUUACUUUGAAGAAAUCUAUGUUGUAACAGAGUUGAUGCAAAGUGACCUUCAUAAGAUUAUUGUGUCACCACAACCACUUAGUUCAGACCAUGUGAAAGUUUUCUUAUAUCAAAUACUAAGAGGUCUGAAAUACCUUCAUUCUGCAGGCAUUUUACAUAGAGAUAUUAAACCAGGAAACCUCCUUGUUAAUAGUAACUGUGUUCUUAAGAUUUGUGACUUUGGUCUAGCCAGAGUAGAAGAGCUUGAUGAAUCUCGUCAUAUGACUCAGGAAGUUGUCACACAGUAUUACCGAGCUCCAGAGAUCCUAAUGGGAAGCCGUCACUACUCCAAUGCCAUUGAUAUCUGGUCAGUUGGUUGUAUCUUCGCUGAGCUACUUGGAAGAAGAAUACUUUUUCAGGCACAAAGUCCUAUUCAGCAGUUGGAUCUGAUCACAGAUCUGCUGGGAACACCCUCUCUAGAAGCCAUGCGAACAGCGUGUGAAGGCGCCAAAGCGCAUAUACUCAGGAGUCCUCAUAAGCAGCCCUCUCUUCCUGUUUUGUAUACCCUGUCAAGCCAGGCUACUCAUGAGGCAGUUCAUCUUCUUUGUCGGAUGCUUGUCUUUGAUCCAUCAAAAAGAAUAUCUGCUAAAGAUGCCUUGGCUCACCCAUACUUGGAUGAGGGCAGGUUACGCUACCACACCUGCAUGUGCAAAUGCUGUUAUACCACUUCUUCUGGCCGGGUUUAUACCAGUGACUUUGAGCCAAUUACUAAUCCCAAAUUUGAUGAUGGGUUUGAAAAGAACCUCACUUCAGUUCGUCAGGUUAAAGAGAUCAUUCACCAGUUUAUCCUGGAAGAACAGAAAGGAAAUCGAGUGCCCCUCUGCAUCAACCCUCAGUCUGCUGCUUUUAAAAGCUUUAUUAGUUCUACUGUGGCUCAGCCAUCUGAGAUGCCUCCCUCACCUCUCGUCUGGGAAUAAGUUUGGACUACUGACGACAAGAGUAGCAAUUCACUGGAAUACAAAAGAUUUUGGAUUUUUUUGUUUUGUUUUAUUUUUUCUUUUGUUUUUCUUUUAAUAAUGUGUGUACUGUAAUUUUACUAAUGAAGUUUUAAAUAACCAGCCACUGCUAAUUGCAUAGAAUCUUUCAUUCAUAUUAUAUAUGAACAUAAUUUAAGUGGAUGCAUAUGGAAAAUUUAGGUAGGAAAUAGAGAUAGCAGUGGUUGAGUAUUAAAAAUGAAAAAGUUGAACAGCAAAAAAUAAUGUGAAUAAUGGCUUUAAUAGCUGUAAUUCAGAAUGAAAAAUACUUGGACUGUGGUGAAACUGAACCAAAAUAAUUAAUUUAUUUAAAUAGUGGAAGAAAAUAUGAUGGAUGAAGAGAAAGCCUGAGCCAUUCCUUCAAGAUAUUUAUUCCUGCAAAACUGAAUAAGAAGUUCGAUGAGACCAAUUGCACAGUGCCCGCUGGCCGUGGCUGAUAAGAAAGUGGGUGGAUCAGUUGGCAUCGAAAACUUUGUAGCAGCUUCUUGCCCUGCGCUGAGCUCAAACUGCAUUGUGUGCUGUUCUGAGAGGAGGUUGUUGUUUCUAAGAAAGCAGACUCCCUGGAUUUCUUCUUCAGUGAAACCCAGCAUUAGUUCUGUUCUCUGCACAAUGCACAUACUAUACACCCACUUGUAUAAUUGCUAAAUAUAAUUAUUUAAUAUAUUUUUAGAAGUUUCCUCAUUAUUUCUUAAAUUCUUUAGCAUGCAUUACUCAUGACCCAUUAACUAUAACAUGUACAUAAAUUCAGUCAUGUUUAGGUUUAAAUAAAAAAGAAUCUUACUGUAUAGACGUGAUCUAGCCUGCACAUUUCUAGGGCUGUGAAUUUUGUGACAUACAGUAUUUUUUUUCCCUCCCCCUUUUACAUUUUACUUAACAGGAAAAAAUGCAGCCAUGCAAGACAAGAUAUUUUAUUUAUGUCUUAACAGAAUCAGAUUUUUUAUUUAUUUAAUUUAGUAUGUCUUGUUUAGAACAAUUCUGAAUUAUUCUCUAUAUAUGUAUAUAAUGGACUCACUUUGAAGGCCGCUACCUCCUAAACUAUAUAACUAGGUUUGUUUACCUCCACAUUUUUAUUUUAUAACUGUGGAGCUUUAAAACUUGAAUGUCCCUUCCACCUUUUUAUAUAUAACACAUAAAGCCACACAUCAAAGAGUUUCUUUUCCACCAAAGUAAAAAAAAGAAAAAAAGUAUAUUGGACAUUUUUUUAAGAAGGAAAUAAUAAAUGCCUAUACUUCUGUUUAAGCAAAACACACUGUUUAAUCAUGAAUUCUCGACUGUUAAAUUCACUUUAUUCAUGUUAUUUAU